UGAAUCAGCUGUGUAUUGCUAAGGAAAAAAUAACAACGUGCUCCCAGGGCAACCCUGAAUCAGGACAUUCGCAUUUUAAGUUUCUUUCUGAAGAAUAUAGUUCUUUCUGAAUAAUUAUUCAAGGUAGCUGGCAAACUCAUUGAUCCUGCUUUGUGGUAUACCGCUCUUGUGUCUUUGUCUGCUGGAAUUUCCUUAUGAACCCUGACAUGUCUGGUCCUACCAGGCCGCCCCCGAAAACUCCGGGUAGCCCAGAGAGACCCGUCCCCCAGAUGUCCGACUCUGGACUAGCCGUGUACAGACAGCCACCCGAGAAGGUUUCCUCGGACACCCGGCCCAAGUAUGUGGUCUAUGACCAGAACAGAGGAGGAGGCGGAGGUGGAGGAAUGGCCACUAGGUACAUGGCUACCGGUCCCACAGCUGGGCCCAUUCAGCACCACCAAGAGGACCCAGGGUUUCACCCUAAAUCUAAUGACCACUACUACCAACCACCUCCCCAAGGGCUCAAAGAAGACCAAUCCUGGAACCCUCACAUGGACCGCUACCAGCUGAUGCACCGUGCACCUCCUGAGAAGCCGAUUAGAAACCUAUCUAACAUCGAUGCAGAGAUUGACUUGCUCACCUGCAUGCUGGCUGAUAUGGACAGCUAUUCACUAAACAGCACACAGCUGUACGACAACGUGCUUUACAACAAACCCUCAGCCCAGCCAGGAGCCCGAUCUCAGGGAGAGCCGUCUAUGGUUUUCCCACCUCAGUCCACGGACCAUCUUACACCCCUAAACCCCAGUGAUCCCCACCAGGGUCUCCAGUUCUUCCCCCAGACAGACGACACCGACGCCCAGGUCUCCAAACCCUACCCCCAGCCUGUCCCUGCCUCUUACACUACCGCCUCCACUCCUACUGGCCCGAGGUUCAGUGUCCAGGUCAAAACAGCCCAGCCUGUCACCUACUCCCAGACUGGUAGGCAGGGUUACACCCCUCUCCCACACAGCCAGCACACGUUGCGGACCCUGCCCCAGAAUCUCGCUUCCCAAGCCCAGGCACUGGACUCCGACGGGAGCUACAAGGGGAGUGCUGCCGGGUCUCCCGCUCCCAAUAGAGGCCCAGAGACUCACCAAUCAGGGGCAAGCUCAGAACUAGGCUCUGUCUAUCAGCCCAGUAAGCAGGGGACAGCGUCUCUGAGACUAGAGGAGUUGGACGGACUCACAAAGAAGUUGGUGUAUGACAUGAAUCAUCCCCCUACAGAGAAGUACGUUGGUCGCUGUGCACGCUGCGGUGGCAACGUCGUUGGUGACGUUAGCGGCGGUAUCGCCAUGGAGCAGGUGUUCCACGUGGAGUGUUUCACUUGCGUCACCUGCCACGUCCCUUUCCGGGGGCAACAGUACUACGACCUGGACAAGCAGAGCUACUGCAAGAGCUGUUACAUUAGUGUCCUAGAGCGCUGCUCCAUGUGCUCCAAGCCCAUCCUGGACCGUAUCCUGCGGUCCAUGGGCAAUGCCUACCACCCGCGCUGCUUCAACUGCGUGGUGUGUGGCUGCUGCCUGGACGGCGUGCCCUUUACCGUGGAUGCCACCUACCAGAUUUACUGCCCAGACGACUUCCACAGGAAGUUUGCCCCUCGCUGCUCAGUGUGUGGCCAGGCCAUCAUGCCCGAGCCGGGCCAGGAGGAGACUGUCAGUAUAGUGGCGCUGGGCCGCAACUUCCACGUCAACUGCUAUGUGUGUGAGGAGUGUGGUCUGCUCCUGUCCUCUGAGGAUGAGGAGCGAGGCUGUUACCCCCUGGAUGGCCACAUCCUGUGUAGGGGCUGCAGUGCCCAGCACAUCCAGAACCCCUCUGCCAAAAUCUCCACUGACUGCUAACCAACUAGGGGAAAUCACCUCUUACCUUAAACCGAUGACCCGUCAACGCUUUCAUUACUUUAACCUGCUCUGGGGUAAAGGUUGCCCUAAAGCAGAUCUGGGAUCAGUUCUACCCCCUCAAGACCUGUCUUGAGAUCAGUCUUGAAGGUCAACUUUAUCCUCAUAGCCGUUCUUUAUUCUUCAGAUGCCCAAAGCUGAGGAAUUAGUAGUAGGCCUACUAUUGAACCUCAACCUGACAGUCCUCAAUAUGAAGACAUUAUUUAAUUUUACUUAUCAUUUAAUAUCACUUCACAAGGUAUAUUGGUACAGGGUAUUGAAACGUGGAUGGACAUAAGUUCAACCAGUAUUCCUUAUCUUCUGCUUUACACUAUCCUCUACCCCUAUUCCCUUUCCACUAACCUUUUCACUCCACCUACUUCCCCUCAGUCCCAUACGAGUACUGUAUAGAGCCCCUGACCUGCAGGCAGCAGUGGCUGCACCACUGCUUGUCUCACACACACUAUCCUGCGUGUUGCACAAUGUUUCACACACUAUCCUGCCCAACAAAGGUGGGACAUGGAAGGAGCUCUAUGGAAAAUAAUGAUUGAUAUAUAGACAAUGUGGAGGAUGAUGAGAAGGAGAGGUGAUAUUGAAGAGGAUAAUGAGGAAUACAAAGUCUUCCUGGCUGUGAGGUAACUGACCAGUCCAGAUAAUCGAAAAUAUAUGGAGACCAAGUAGGUGUAGUCAAUGUUGUGCAGUGAAUAGUUUUUAGAAAGUAGACGGAAAGAAAGAUUGGUUAGAGAACGAGUUCAGUAAAGUCAAUGCUUUUAUCUUAUUGGAUGUUAAUAUAGUAUUUAGGCUGUCUUAUAAUAUCUUGCACCACAUGUCAGAACAGAACAUCAAUAUUUUAUUCCACAGGACAGGGAUUUGCAUAAUGAUAAUUGGUACUGCGUUUUAGAGUGUUACUUGUAUGCCAGUCCAAACCCCCUCUUAAAAUGUGAAUGUGCUAAUUAGGUAUUUUCUCUUUUUUAACAUUUGGGUUGAUUGAAUGCUUUACAAUGAAGAUGAAUAAGGCACAAUGAAGUCUGCUUGCUUUUGUCUUACUGAGAAACCGGGUUCUCCAUGCUGGCCACGUGGGCUGAGAACGUCCUCUUGUAUUCAUUAUGGGUUUUGGUUUAAGCUUAGCCUUAGGAGUAUGAUUUUUUUUUGUUAGUUUACUUUGUCCAGAAUCAUGUUUUGUUUCAGAAUUUGAUUCUUUUCGGAGUAUAGGUCAAUGAGCACAAUGAUGUGAAGGUCCCUGUUUUGAGCCCUGUGAGUUUAAUUUUCCACUUAUUAAUUUCAACUCCUGUUGUACUGCUUGCUAUUGUCACUAAGUCUGUUAAUGUGAUAUUGAGGUUAAGGUUCAUCAAUAUGUUUUCACUGUAAUUGUUUUGUGUUCCACAGCAUCCUAUUGACAAGUACUGCAGCAUAAUUGUAUUUGCCCAUGCUGAGGAAUAGACAGAGCAGGUGGUUUGCACAAUUAGAUUUUGAGGGUGAUGUGUGUGAAUGAUUAGCUAGUUUUCUUCCUUAAUACCAAUUGUAGUAUGUGAUUAUACAAUAAAACAUCCUUUUGCCAGCAAACUA